GUAGAAUUAGCGAUGGGAAAAAACAAGAGUAAGAAAGGCGAAGGCGGAGGCGAAAAUCAGCAAUCCCCUUCAACCAUUUUCGUUGCUAAUUUGCCAUUUUCAUUAACUAACGCUCAGUUGGAAGAAGCGUUCAGUGAUGUCGGACUAAUACGACGGUGCUUUAUGAUUAUGAAGAAGGGGUCAACUGAACACCGAGGAUUUGGCUAUGUUCAAUUUGCUGUUGUUGAAGAUGCUAAUCGUGCUGUUGAGCUGAAAAAUGGUUCAACUCUUGGUGGUCGAAAGAUCGUGGCUAAACUAGCUACACAUCGUGCUCCACUUGAGCAACGUCGAGCUAAAGGGAAUCAAGGUCUUGUGAGUAUGUUAUUGAACAACAUGCUCUUAUAUGUAAAAUUUUACGUUGAUGUGUUAGUUAUUUGUCUUCUCCCUGUCACGUGAAUAUGUGAUCAUUUUGGAGGCAGAGCUCCUGUAGAAGAAGCUCAAGCCAUCGAAGAGCACUCGGGAACUGCCAUGUUCGCGCAAUUUGCAGCUCUCAACGGCCGCUAGACGGGUAUCAAACACUGGAAAAACCCUUCAUAAAUCCUCACCUCAUCACAGACCUCGCCAUCAGAAAUCGGCGUCUCAACCGCCGUGGUUCAUACGCCGGCCGACAGCUUCGAAUUGUGUUUUUUCUACUUCUUUCUCAUAUCGUUAAAUUUAUUUUUCAAGUAGAAGCGACGAUGGGUGGGAAGUGCUUACUCAAUUUAUUAAGGUUUGAGCGAUCGGCGAUCAAUACAUCGACAAUCAGGGACGUAGAUAGAACUUGAUCCACACGGUUCCUUUCUCUCCCAUGGUUGUUGUGUGUGUUUUUUUUCCCUCCCUCUUCUCUCCCACUUCCCUCUUUUUCUUCCUUUUUUUUUUUUUAACCAAUGACGCAUUGAUAUAUAUCGCUAUCAACAUUACACUUGGCACUAUUUAAGACAAAGCUCAUGCAUGUUCUAGAUUUUCUU